GGAGACUGAAACGCUGCACUUUAUCUCCUUGUUUCUCUUUUGCUGAGUUAGUAUAAUCUUUACCUUCAUAACGGUUCAGACUUUGGACUGUUUGGACUUGUCUUGGUUGUUUUUUCAGAAGAGGCGGUGAAACAGGGCGGACUGUGAACAUGGCUCAGUACGAAGAAGUUAAAGUUCACGGUUACGAGGAGUUUUGUAAAGCUGUGUCAGAAAGAAAAGGAAAAGACAUCUUUGCUUACUUCAGUGGGGACAAAGAUGACCAGGGAAGAAGCUGGUGUCCAGACUGUGUAAAAGCUGAGCCAGUGGUCCGAGGGGAGAUGGAGCAUCUUCCUGAAGGUUCAGUCUUCGUGUACUGCCAAGUGGGAGACAGGCCAUACUGGAAAGACCCUAACAAUGAGUUUAAGAAGACUCUAAAACUCACAGGAGUCCCAACUCUACUACGCUACGGCACACCACAGAAACUGGUGGAGGAGCAGUGUUUCAAAGCAGACCUGGUUCGGAUGAUGUUCACAGAAGAUUAGUGCCUCCUGUGGGUGUGGUGGUAGUUUUAUGCAUACUGUAAAAUGCAUCUCAGACAUUUGAUUUGAUUUUCUUUGUAACUUUUUCUUUCCUUACAUUUCUUUCAGUUCAGUCUGUUAGUCUUUAUUAUAUCUGGUCAGCUGUAUCUCUUACUGUGGAAUUAGAAUUAAGUGUCGACUUGUAUGACAAAGUAAAAAUCCUAAUAUAAUAUUGUGCACACAUACAGGUGGUAUGUAUUCACUACAAUGUAAAGGGAAAAUCUAGUCCUGUAUAGCGCUUUCUUUAUUGUAAGUGACUUAAAGGUCCUCAAAAAUAAAAUUUAGAAAUAGCAAUAUAAUCUCUUAAAGAUGGUGUAUAGUAAACUAUACAAAUAUAAAAAGCUUAUGAUUUUUGUAAAGAAAAUGUCAUUUUGAAAUUUUAAAUUUAAAUUAAGCUUUGUUCAAAUUUGUGCUUGCAGUACUACAAAACUAAUAAAAACAUAAUUGUA